ACCAGGUACAUAGCCUUUACACCUUUACCCCCCAUAAACCAACAGAGCCUCAACACCGUUGGCAUCAAUCUCGCCCUUCUUCAUCAGUAUACCUACAUUAUGGCUUCCAAGAUGCCUAUCUCUACUGUAUACGUCCAAAACCUCGAAGAGCGCGUCAAGCUUGAUGCGUUGGUGGAUGCCUUGAGAACAGUAUUCGCAGCGUUCGGCAAUGUUGUCGAUAUUGUGGCGAAGAAGAAUCUGCGUGCCAAAGGACAGGCAUUUGUCGUCUAUGAUAGCCCUGAAAGCGCCCAAGAUGCUAUCAACGAAAUCGAUGGGUUCGAGCUUUUCGGCAAACCUAUGAAACUUGCUUUCGCGCGAACGCAGAGCGACAAGACCGUUGAAUUAAAGGGCAAUCAGGAAGAGCUCGAACAGCAUAAGCGCCAUCGACAGGCUGAGAAGGAUAAACGCAAGGCUCUUGAGUCUGCGGAAGAGCAGAGACAAAUCAACAAGCGAGGCUCUGGCUCAGUCAACGACAAUCGACCUGCAAAGGCCGCGAAAUCAUCAGGCCUCAAGUCAACCAGCGCCACAGCAUCCGGCAGCGUGCUUGACGAGUUCCUCCCACCCAACAAGAUUCUUUUUGUCCAGAACUUCCCCGAAGACUAUGACAUUGAGGCUUUGACCAGCGUGUUCGGCCGGUUUGACGGAUUUCGCGAGGUUAGGCUGGUACCUGGUCGCCGUGGUAUCGCAUUUGUCGAAUACGAGGCAGAACAAGGCGCUAUUACUGCCAAAGAAAACACGGCUGGUUUACACCUGGGAGACAAACCCAUCAAGGUCACCUACCAACGACAGUGAAUAUAAAUGCUAGUAUUGAUAGGAAGGCCAUAAUUGCUAAUUGGUACGGCCACAACGUUGCCUGCUGGGAUACUUAUUUAAUAAUAAACACAACACACAUCAAGCGAUCUCCUGCACUCCAAAUAUUGUACUAUGACAGCCUGUUUGUCGCACGCUUCCGAGGCAGCUUACCGCCCCUCUCAAAAAAUGACGUCUUCGUCGGUCUCCGGGCGCCCCAGGGACAUCUGGCAGGGUGUGAAAUCAGGGCUUUCUGGAACUUUGUCUCCGGCCCCGGCACGAAAUGCUUUCCGCCUC